GUGUAUAUGUUUGAGCGCGCGGGGAAAACUGCCCCCUCUCGCCCCAACACCUCCGCUCCGCGCCACUUCCCUUCUCUCUCUCUCUCCGGAGGGGAACGUCUCUAAGGCUCCGGUCCUUCCUUCCUUCCCCUCAAGAAAGGCAGAAGAAGGUAUCCUGCUGAACCCAUUUCGUUGCUCUUGCUGCUGCUGGUGGUUUACUGAAUACGUUAUCCACAUCUGUGUGCAAACACCCCACUGACUGAGAAGAUGGAACUGCAAAAAAUGGGAAAUGAGGUUGGCACUGAAAGAUUCAAUGGUACCAUACCUGACAGUGACAAAGCAGCUGUCCUGGAGGACGGGUAUGAGGAAGAGGAACGUAUUUCAGCAGAACAAGAUGGCUUCUUGCCUAAUGCUGCCAGCAAGAAAUUCAGCCAAUUCACUGAUUUUGAGGGAAAGACUUCGUUUGGGAUGUCAGUCUUUAAUCUGAGCAACGCCAUCAUGGGGAGUGGCAUCCUGGGCCUGGCCUAUGCCAUGAGGAAUACGGGAAUCAUCCUCUUUGUGAUCCUUUUGAUCUGCAUUGCUUUGCUCUCCUCCUAUUCCAUUCAUCUGCUGCUGAAGUGUGCUGGAGUUGUUGGAAUUAGAGCAUAUGAACAGUUGGGACUGAAGGCCUUUGGCCAUGGGGGCAAAGUGGUGGCUGCUGUCAUAAUCUCAAUACACAACAUCGGAGCUAUGUCCAGUUAUUUGUUCAUUGUUAAAUCUGAACUGCCACUUGUGAUCCAAACCUUCUUAGGGCUGACAGAAAACAAUGGCGAAUGGUACAUGAAUGGGCAAAUUUUAAUAGUUGUCGUCAGCGUUAGUGUCAUCCUGCCCUUGGCUCUGAUGAAACAUUUAGGUUACCUUGGUUAUACCAGUGGACUUUCACUCACCUGCAUGUGUUUCUUUCUCAUCUCGGUAAUUUACAAGAAAUUCCAGAUCCCCUGUCCCCUCAAUAAUACUGUGGGAAUCAAUAGCACCACGGAGUCCAGCCAUGAUACCUGUAGUGCUGAAGUCUUUCCUCUCAAUUCUCAGACAGCGUAUGCAAUCCCCAUCUUGGCAUUUGCCUUUGUUUGCCAUCCAGAAGUGCUUCCUAUUUACACCGAGCUGCGUAGGGCUUCAAAGCGUCGAAUGCAGACAGUAGCCAAUAUCUCCAUCCUGGCCAUGUUUUCCAUGUAUCUGCUGACAGCUAUCUUUGGUUACCUCACCUUUUAUGGGAAUGUUGAAGCAGAGAUGUUGCACACCUACAUCAGAGUUGACCCUCUAGACAAGCUUAUCCUUAGUGUGCGAUUGGCUGUACUCCUAGCUGUGACACUCACUGUGCCAGUGGUUCUGUUCCCGAUCCGCAGAGCCAUUCAGCAUUUGCUGUUCCCCAAGAAGGAUUUCAGUUGGAUCCGUCAUGUCAUCAUUGCUUUCUGCCUGCUUUUCAUUGUCAACCUCCUUGUCAUUUUUGUGCCAAACAUCAAGGAUAUCUUUGGAGUCAUUGGAGCCACAUCAGCCCCCAGUCUCAUCUUCAUCCUUCCUAGCAUUUUCUACAUCCGAAUUAUCCCCAAUGAAAAAGAACCACUACGAUCAAGACCCAAAAUCCAGGCUGCGUGUUUUGCUGUCCUUGGUUUUAUUUUCAUGGUGAUGAGCCUCACUUUUAUCAUCGUCGACUGGGUAACCACAGGAAAGAGCUCUGGAGUGAGUCACUAGCAAAGCCCACUCCUGACCCCAAGAGACCAGAUGGUUCUAACCAGGGAGACCAUUCAGUGCCAGAGAAACAGUGGUGCCUUUUGCUGUUUAUCUUCACUCAUCCUGGAGACACCAUAAUUACCUGUCCAUCACUUUGGAGAAGUGUUGGAAGGCAUCCCUUUGGUGCUGUGGCAACGCAAAGUAAUUUGGAACAGCUCCGGGGCUUCGUUAACAGCCGAUCUAAGAUGUAGGCCUCCAAAACAGAGCCUCUGAGUAAGCUCCCUUCAUUUGCUGGCUCCUAUGGUAGCAGCAUUAUUUUCCUGGCCUUCGUUUUUUUCUCCCUGGCGAUAUUGUGCCAUCACCAACAAUUGCAUGUCUCGGGAAAAGCACGUGGGGUUUGGUUUGGGUUUAUCUUUGCCCAGGAUUAACGUGCUGCCUCUCAACAAGGCUUAGUUUGGCUUUUUUUCCAUUCUC